CAGGCACACACUUUGCAGCUGUUGUUAAGUUCAAGAUACACUCAUAUGAAGUGUAUAUUUCUGCAGUUUCAGUGUAUUUAUUUUUCUAUUAUAAAAAUAAUGAUGUAGCAAAAACUGCUGCUUACUUGGGGAAAUUACUGUAUGACGUAUUUCAGAACAAGCUAUCUGCUCCUCUACAUAACACUAAAUUAAAACCAGUAAAAUUAAUUUGACGAGCAUAAUUGAAAAAAUAUUAUUUUUUUUCCUCUUGUUAAGCAGAUCAGUUUGCCUUCAGGCUAGAAAUCUGUGCAUCAAACUUCAGACUGGUCUUUUGAAGCAAAGGAACAUUAAAGCCCUUCAAACCAAGAUUUCAAGGGGAAAAUAUAUCCUAUCUGUAAUUACAGUUGCAUCACCACACUAGUGGAAUUCCACUAACGUAGUAUUGCAUGAAGCCUUGCUUGCCUCUCCUACAUGCACUAAAUAUAAAUGUGCAUGGGCAGCAAUAGCAAUUUGCCUAAUGGCUGAAUCAGCUACACAGCAUUUGCGGUAAAAUCAUGUAUCUGAAUACUAACUUCUUUGGUAAAGCCCUGGGUCAAACCUGAUAAAUAAGUAGAAACAUAAUUAAAAUUUCUCAUUAAUUUUAGAUGUUGUGUUGUUAUUUCGCAGGUCUGAGAGGUUAAUGAUUUCAUUUGUUUUACUGUCAACAUUAGUUUGUCUGGAAAGCUAACAUCAUUUCAGUGAAGCAUUUCUGUAGAGUUCUACUCUUUUGAGUUACUAACUAGUUUACAUCUACACAAAUCCUGGAAAACUAAGUUAAUUCUUCUGAACUGUAUUGUAUUAACACGGGGUUAUUGUCUCUUGGAAAACUUUUUUCUUUCAACUUGUCAGCUGGAGAAUAGAAAACAUUCAAAGACUUCAGUGAUUGCAAGGAUAUAGUGAAGCUGGUCAGUUUAGUGUCUUUCUAGUUGUUCUUCACUGCUAGCAUGCUUGCUCACUUUCCCUCUUCUUGUAUGGGAACAGUGCCAAAAAUAAAUGUGAGAAAUCUGUCUAAAUAACUUGUCUCCUUCCAAAUCGACAGCAUACUUUUCAGUUUACUUUUUCUAUAAAGCCCAUUAGGACUUUUAGUUACAAACAUGUCUAUAGUAAUAAGAUAUCAGGGAAUAAAUUCAAGCGCUGCUCUAUUUCAAAAGGAUGUGGAGGGUGCUGUAAGCAUUGAAAUUCUGAACACCUUUAGCAAAGGGAUCGUAUUUUGGGUAUUUGUCAUUAGUGUUGAGUCCAGCACUCACAUCAGAGACUGGUUGUCUCUAGUGGCAGUUGUAAUUGUGGCAAAGCUUUUUCUUCCAGUAAUGUGCAAAAUGAUUAUUUUACUAUUUAAAAAAUCAUAUGUAGUUUACAAAUGUCUCAUUUCAAAGGCUAAUCAAGUUUUAUAUUAAAUAUUGUCCAUAUUGGUAAUGCAGAUUAUAAGCUCAUGUAGGAGCAUCUGUUUCUGUUUUUGUCUAGUUGGAGAUUAUCCCUUAAUCAUGCAGGGUCCAGGUGUGCAUUUUGGGAUUUGUUGACUCAGGAAAGCUGCAGAUUGCAUUAAAGGCCAGUGACAUUAUACUGUAGCUGCAUUUAGGUUGUUGUGCCUCUGACCAAGAACUCUUGCUUGAACCACACAGUGAAAAGGAUGGCAAAAAGAAAUGUCCUCAUUACAGGUUGCUCCUCAGGAAUUGGACUGGCCUUAGCUGUAAAAAUGGCAAAAGAUGAACAGAAAAGAUUUAAAGUGUACGCCACAAUGCGGAAUCUGGCCAAGAAGGAGGCACUUGAGGAAGCUGCAGGUCGCAGGCUGGGCAAAACCCUGGAAAUUAAACAACUGGAUGUCUGUGAUGAACAGUCCAUUAAAACUUGUGUGAAUAGUAUCCCUGACAGAAGGAUUGAUGUCCUAGUUAGCAAUGCUGGAAUGGGGCUUAUUGGACCAAUUGAAUGUCAGACCAUCGAUGAAAUGAAAACAGUGAUGGAUACCAACUUCUUUGGACUGGUUCGACUCCUGAAGGAGAUUUUGCCUGACAUGAAGAGGAGAAAGAGCGGGCAUAUAGUUAUAAUAAGCAGUGUUAUGGGAAUACAAGGUAUCUUAUUUAAUGAUGUUUAUGCUGCAUCAAAGUUUGCGGUGGAAGGAUUUUGCGAAAGUUUAGCUAUACAAGCACUCAAGUUCAAACUGCAGUUAAGUCUGAUUGAACCAGGCCCAGUGAUUACAGAGUUUGAAAGAAAAGUGUUUGAAGAUGGAAUGAAAAUGGAUCUUUCAGCUGCAGAUGAGGAAACAGCUGAGAUGUUUACUAAUAUUUACCUUAAAAAUUACAAACAAAUUUUCCAGAGCCUGGGACAAAGUGCUGAGGAUGUUGCAGAGCAUACAGUAAAGAUAAUUCUUGCAGAAAACCCACCUUUUCGCCAUCAGACCAACACCUUGUACACUCCGAUGACAACUCUAAAAUACGCAGAUCCAAAUGGAGAUCUACCCAUUGAUAUAUUCUACAAAAUGGUUUUCCAUCAUGACAAAAUCUUCAGUGCAAGUCUUAACUUUAUCAAAUUGCUAAGGUGGAGAAGCAGAAAGAGCUUUGACCUGGGAAAACCCUCACAAUAAGCAUGAGAUUGUGUAAACCGGAACAUUUGUUAUAGUUACUAUUUUGUUAAAUGUCUUCACUUAUGAUUUUAUGUAAGCUCAAAGACAUUAAUCUCAAUGCAUUUAUCUUGAACUUUAGGUUGCAGGACCUUAAAAUUAAAAUCCUCUUAACUAUAGGUUUAGUCUGCUUAGUGCUCGCUUUUUAGAGAUUUGUUUUCAUGGAAACAAGCAUUGACUAAUUCUUAAGUAUUUAAUAUUAAACUGUGAUCCUUCACUUAUUAGAAUGUAACAACACAGACUGCGGUGUGUGCUGUAUGUAAAUUACUGAUUCUUAACAACAGCUUUUUUUUACUUGAGUAUAGUAGUCCUUCAAUCGCAGUAGCAUUCUCAUUCAGGAAUCAAGACUGUUUACUGAUAUUGUACCUGCAAGUCUAAUCAAUCUUAAAAUGUCACAAUUGGCACGUUUAUUAUUUCGACUUAUCAUUUCCUUAAUGCUUCCUUUGCACGUGACAGUUACCCCUACCCUUAUGCGCUACGGGCAGUAAGUUCUUAAAAAGGCACCUCCGCGUGGCAGCUCGUGGCGAUGGGGCUGCUCAGGAGGAAGUAACCUCGGCGCAUUCUCGGGGUCAUUUCUCAUCGGGGCGCUGUGACUUUAUUUCCUGCUUACACAAAAGCCCCGCCUCGCGCGCAGCGCGGCACAGACCCAGACGCCAGGCACCACCCGGGACGCGGUACCCCCAGGGGCCCCUGGCCCAGGGAGCGCCGGGCGGGGCGCUGCGCCCCCCGCCCAGCCGCGUCUCCCCGGCGCUGCCACCUCACGUGACCCCGCCUCCCGCGGCGCCGCCGCUUCCGGUGCUCGCAGGGAAGGCAGGGGAGGAGGCGGGAGGCGGGCGGCGGAAGCGCGCUGCGGCUUCCGGCGGAAGCGGCGCCCCGCGCAGCCCGUAGUCGGACCGUUUCCGCCUCGCGGCCGCCCUCAGCGCCGGGCCGGCCGCUGCUGCCGGGGAGCGCAGCCGGGGGCGCCCAGCCCGGCCCAGCGGAGCGGGG